AAAGUUAUUUUGAGGUGGUUUGUUCGUCGAAGAGUGUUUUUUCAGCGAGACUGCAUUUUGAAUUGGUAGUUUUUGAUACCUAGCGAAAGUGCUUUGGAGUCGUGUAUUUUUGCCAGCCUAACAUUACAUUUUUCAAUCUUUGAGCCCGGGUAGUUUCUCGCCAGCGAAAUUGCUCUUCAGUAAAUUUUUAAAUUUGUAAUAUUUCCACGUGUUCACCGCGAGUGUUAUCAGAAUUCCGACGCGAAUUCCAGAAACUGCACUCGAGAAGUUUCUAUCGCUUGAAAUUCCCGAAUUUUCGGUACUUAACCUGGAUCGUGGAAGUUGCACCUAUUUUCCUAUGUCCCAAAAUCCGAUUUCCGGGUUUAGAGUACGCGAUUCUCCGACUCCGAUUUUCCCGUCGGACUACACCGCCUGGCUCUAAGCUCGAUCGUGCGUGGAUCGUUUCGUUUCGCGAGAAAGUUGGUCCGGUUUCUAGGACUUUCAAAAAGUGUUGUGGUUCGCGAUCGACGCCUAGCGCCCUCUGGAAAUCAGGCCUUGAGACCCUCGCGACGACUCCUAUUUUCGCCGUGCGUUGCGAAACUCAUGCAUCAUCGCCACCGAAAUAAUUGAUUGGUGGUGCCGAGUCGGUCUUACGCUCUGGAGAUUCCUGCUAGGCCGCUUUUGCAGCGGUAUGACUGACGUCACAUCGCCCCAACCGACCGCCCGCACAUCCCCACCCCUUGAGGCCACCGCCAGCGUCCAGAAGUCCGAGACCUGGCACAAUCGCAAAAAAUUCACCGUUUACAAGGUUGUAGUCGCUUCGCCAACAGAGUGCUGGUAUGUCUUUCGCCGAUACAAUGAGUUCUACAAACUCCACGACGCUCUUAAAAAACAAGUACCAAAUCUGCAGUUAAAACUACCAGGGAAAAAGUUGUUUGGGAAUAAUUUGGACCCAGACUUUGUAGCCACAAGGAGAGAAGGACUUAAUUUAUUUGUACAGCAAUUAAUGUCUGAUACUAGAUUACUUGAAUUACCGGAAGUUAGACAAUUUUUAGAACUUGAUGAUCGCAAACUUAGUAGUGAUGAAUCUAGCGUCGAUGAAAGUAUACCGGAAGGAGAAGAGGUUAACCUUGGGCCCUCCGAAAGAACAGUAGCUAAACCCAGUGAUUUCGAGUUUUUGCACAUGAUUGGCAAAGGUAGUUUUGGAAAAGUAUUAUUAGCCAGGCAUAAAGAAGAGGGUUGCCACUAUGCAAUUAAAGUUUUGAGCAAAAGUCUGAUCCUCCGAAGAAAUGAAGCCAGGCAUAUCAUGUCAGAACGUAACGUUCUGUUGAAGAAUCUUCACCAUCCAUUUCUUGUAAAUCUUAGAUAUAGUUUCCAGACCAGUGAUAAACUGUAUUUUGUCCUGGACUUCAUCAAUGGAGGAGAGCUCUUCUUCCAUCUGCAACAAGAGCACAAAUUUAGUGAAUCAAGAUCUCAGUUCUACACAGCAGAAAUAGCUUCGGCCCUAGGUUAUCUACAUUCACACGGCAUCGUCUAUAGAGAUUUGAAACCGGAAAAUCUACUCCUCGAUGCAGAAGGUCAUGUUGUUCUCACCGAUUUUGGGCUGUCAAAAGAAGGACUGUUGGCAACAGACACGACAGACACAUUUUGUGGUACGCCAGAGUAUCUAGCCCCUGAAGUCAUCAGAAAAGAGGCUUACGAUAGAUCGGUAGAUUGGUGGUGUUUAGGAGCAGUAUUAUAUGAAAUGUUGUAUGGCCUACCACCGUUUUAUAGCCGCAACACGGAAGAAAUGUUUGAUCUAAUUUUAUUCCAUCCUGUGCCCCUGAAACCAGGCAUUUCUCGGCAAGCUCGAAGCAUCUUGUCCCAGCUUUUGGAGAAGAAUAGCAGUAAAAGGCUAGGCAGCGGGUACGGUGAUUUUGAUGAUGUCAAGAGGCAUGAGUUUUUCAGCACGAUAAACUGGGACGACCUUGUUGCCAAACGAAUUCGCCCACCCUUCAACCCAGUCGUUGAAAACUGCAUGGACCUACAAAACAUCGACCCUGAAUUCACGCACGAGCCCAUCACCUCAUCUCUGACCGCAUCUUGCGACAGUGUUCUUACAGCCAGCGUGAUCGAAGCGGACGAUGUUUUUGCCGGUUUCUCUUAUGCAGCCCCUUGUCUCCUGUGAUAUUAAACCCUCCAUCUCUCUCCUCGCAUCGUUCGGGCGAAGAUAGAUCACCUUAGUGGAAAAUUCAGCGUUGGCCACUUUGCGUCGAACUGGUUUCCCAUGUCUCUCUGUAUCAUGAUUCUUCAGUUCGCUUGUCAAACUACCGGAUAUUUGUAAACAGGAGGGAUCCAUCCAUUGAGAAAGUAUCAAAGAAUAAUUUAUUAUCUUGGGUAAAAUUUACCUUUGUAUCCUGAUUUUCAGAUAGAAAAAGAAAAUUUAUCCUUUGUCAGGCGAUGACGACCAUUUUGAUCUAUUGCAAUUAGUUCAUCUUCAGGUCGGUUUGAUUCAAUUUUGGUCCAAAAAGCAAGCUCGUCAAAACGUAAAAAAAUAUUUGAUCUGGGGAUGGGGAAAUAAAGGUAAAUUACUUGCAAUUUAAAUGAUGCCUGAUAAUAACUAACCACCCAAAAUGAAUGGAUAGUCUGUCAUGAAGCUGUAGUAUACCCAAGUUUCCUCUAAAAUUCAUUAGAAGAUAGACCUCCUCCGCUCAGUACAAAAACCAGCAGGAGUGAUUCAACCUCAAAUGGCGUUUCUAAAGAAAAGCACCGUUUAGUUUGUCAUUGAGUUUUACGUGUUAAAAAUGUUUUCAAAAAUAAAUUUGCAGAGCGAUCCCUCCCGCUUACCGAUGUCCUAUCAUUAGUCCUAAUUCUCCUUGGUUAUUGUAAGUUCCUUUCAAGCUACCAUCUCUUUACUAUAGUCCAAUUAAAUUUAAGUUCACUUCUUAGUUGUAUAAGAAAUAUGACCCUUGGUCGGUUUUCCCAUCACCAUUGUUAAUACUAUUUCCUUCGACUAGAUUAAUUUCCUCCAUCAGUUAUUUGAUUAUUUACGUCUCUCCCUUUUUUGUUUUGUCUUCAAAUUUUAUCUAUCUUGUGUUUGUCUAUCCCAUCUGUAAGCUUUCGUUUUUGUUUUUAUUUAUUUUCUUAUUUUUAAUUAUUUCGUUAUCAUUUCAUUUACUCAUUUCAUCUAUUUAUUUAUUUUCAUUCGCUCAUCGUUGCUGGCAACUGUGGGCUCAUCAUCUAGCCUCUGUUGGCGAAUCAUGUUUGUACUUAUUCUAAAUUACUCUCGGACCAAAAAUAGUAUUUUAUUCUUGUGUUUCCUCUCUUCUUUUAUCUACAUCAUAUUUUAGUUGUAAAUUGGCCUUUAUCAAUAUGUUAGUAUUUUUCGAAAGCUGAAGUUUCUAAAAUUUCAGUCCGUUUUAUUUGUAUUAUUUGUAUAGACCCAUAGACAUAUUUUUAUUCUCAUUUCUAUGAAUAGUGGAAAUAGAAUUUUGUUCCUAUUAAAGAAAACUAAUCUAUAAUUUGUGUAUACACUAUUUAUUUUUCUAACUCCAAGUUGAUCUAGAUUUGUUACAUUAAUUUGUUUUAUUGGCUUUGUGAAUGUUGCAAUUUUAGGCCUAAAGUUUCUAGGAAAGUCACUUUUCGACGAAUUGUUGAAUUUUAUAUCUGUUUAUUUUUUUUUAACCAAAAAUUUGUCCAAAUUUCUAAAAUUAUGUUUGUGGCAAAAUUUAUUUUUGUUUUUUUAGCGUUAAAACUUGAAACAUUCCAUUCUCCCUAGUAGCAAAUCAAACUUUUAAAUACUCAUACUUCCAUAGAAAUUUUGUCUAGGUAAGUUCUUUGUUAGUUUAAUUUCUAGCUCAUUUUGCCCCGUUUUCUUUUGCAUUUAGUGAUGGAUAUAAAUAUCUGUCUUUAGCAUAAAUUGUUUUAAAUGCGCAGAUUGAUCUGCUGUUACCAAUUCAAUUGAAAUUUAGAGGAGUGAGCCUCUCAUGGCGUUUCCCACCCACCCUCCCCCCUUUUAUGAGUGUGUACCUAUCAAACAUUUUUUGGUCUUUUAGCCGCUCAAUUUUUAAUGCUUGUUCUCUCUCUCUUUAAGAAACGUUUUUUGUGGAAUUGUUUUUAAAAUAAGUGAGCACCCUAUAACUGUUACCUACUUGUCUCAAAUUUCAUGUUCCCUUCCAAAUUAUCUCAACUUUUGCCUUAGAAACAAACUUGAAUGGUCCAAUACAUUCGUUCUUUUUGUAAAAGUUUUCGUCCAUAAACCCCUCUACAAUACAUGUUAAAUUUUAAGGUAUAACAUUUUAAAUUUUUCAUGAGCAUCUCAAAGAGACAGGCCAUCCAUACUCAUGGCGUGUCAGUUUCCGUUAUCAAUGACUUUUUAUUUCUCUAAGCCAAAUUUAACACGUUUCAGUCCCUAAUUUGCCACCAUUACAAUCUCUCUCUUCAAAAUUUAGUAAGUUUGAUGUUAUAUUAUUCCAAAAGUGUCUCUUUAUCUUAAAAUUUGUUUUGUCAAACCCAAACUUAAAAUGACAUCGGGUCUUUGAAUUCCCUCGAAGUCUAUCCUACUUUCAACAUUAUAUCAGCAUUUAUUUGUCCUCUAUUCUGGUCUCUCUCUACAUGUUCGAACCCUAAAAUCACGUGAAACAAAACAAUUCAAUAAUGAUUCAUUUCUGCUGUAAUUAUAUUGUUCUUUUUGUGUGUGUGUGUGUGUGUGUGUGGGGGGGGGGGAGGAUUUGAAGUGUGAGCGCAUACUUUUCUAAGAGCCCCAGAAGGUUUUAAUCAAGAAAGGAUAGAAACUCCAAUAUUCAUGGAAUAUUUGCCAGUAUUUGAUACAUGAGAGGAUUUAUUUAUUAACUACGUAAAAGUGGCAUUAGAUAAAUUUGGCUAGAAAAAGCUUUUGAGUAUGGAGGCCUUCUCGUCACAUGCAUCUAAAAAUAAGACGUUGAUUCUCUGUAAAACUUGAAGUGCAUUUAUCUGUCCCUAAGGCAUGUAGUACAUAUUUUUAACUAUCUGUUUAAUUUUUAUUCAUAAUGGUGUGUCUUUGGCAAACUAAUUGUAAAACUAUGUAAUUUUUGAGGUUUCUUAAGAAUGUUUCAUUUCUUGAAAACAACAAUGAACUGUACCCCCCAUUUUGACUGAAAGACUGAGAGCCUCAAAAUUUUUUUUCAGGCCCCUUUUAAUCUGAAACUGAUUUUUCUAGUGUAAUCAAGUUUAUGUAAAAUUAUAUAAAAAGAAAAAAAAUUAAAUCAUCUAAAAGAAUUAACUAAUUUAAAGACUGAUAGUAAAAUUUUCUUUUGGAUAUCAGUUGGAGCUGUUGCUUCUUUAACUUCAAAAUUUAUCGUGCGAUCAUCCACCUAGGUGGCAUUACCUCUUUAAAGUUUCAUUUAAAAGAAAAUUACCUGGCAAGACUGAUAAUAAAAAUUUUUCUCUGAAA